AUGACCAGCUAUGGCCCAAAUACUGCCAGCUGGCAUUACCCAGUUGUGACCCCAGCAUGCCCAACACUACACAUCCAGGCAACCAAGACUCGCUGUCUGAUGCGUUGGUCCGGUCACCUGCUGCUGCUGCUGCUGCUGCUCCCCCUGGCCUUAACCACCCAGGAGGAACCAUUGUCUUCUCACAAGGCCAUCGGGGAGGCCUGCAAGCUGCACAGGGAAUGUCAGAGCGACUGCUGCACUACCAGAAGCCUGAGCCCACAGACCUUCUGCAUGCCCCAGACCUUCUUCCAGAACUGCCUGCCCUGGACCAAGCCCAAUGGGUACAUGUGCACCCACCACAUGGAAUGCUGGAGUGGCUGCUGCACUCACACCAGUGCCCAGCAGCCCAAAUUCUGCAAGUACAAAACCAUCUUCCGGCAGUGUCUGCCCUGGAAGAAGCCCCUCAGGGCCCAGUGUGCCAAGCACGAGGAGUGCAGAAGCCGAUGCUGCCUCAAGGCAAGGAAGCUCAGCCCAGCCCGAUGUGUCCGGCGCAGCGGGGUCCUAGCCCUGUGUCUGCCCCCGGUCACCCCUGCCUACCUGUUUCCUCCAGUGACUGCGGCUGUGCGUGUGCAGGAAACUGGUGGAGCCUGUGGGGUCUGCAGUGGCCCCACAGCGUCUGAGAACCAUGCUGACCCAGCUGUGUAG